AUGGAAAGACAUAUCCAGAAUAAUAUACGGUGCCGCGAGACGAAGUCGUCAAAUAAUGUAUCGUAUUUAAUGACGGAAACAAAUUACAGCUCUCGUGGUUUUCUGGUAGCAGUAAUAAAAAUUCAGAAUAUUCGACUUCUUGCUUUUAUCGCCUGCUGUAAUUGUUUCAAUAACUACCAGUUCUUUACCACUUUUGAUGACGACAAAGAUGCGCAUUCAAGCUACCUGAAAAGUCAGCAGAUGUACAUUUGCGCAUUUCUAACUCAUCAUGAACAUCAAUUUAUGCUCAUCCGAAAAUCAAGAAAUAUGUGA